GAAAGACUCGCCCGACUCGGAGCCGCACGUAGAUUACCUCCGUCUCCUCCAGCGGGCGAUCAAAAAGCGCGACGGGCCGAUGUUCAUGAAAGUCAUGAGCGCAAUCAACGCGCUCCUGUCCCUGCUCAAGUAUCCCCCGCUCCCGCUGGACCCGUUUGACGCGCCCGCUGCCAACCACCUCGGUGUAACGGUGCGGGGGUGGCAGCGCAUACCCACAAACGUGGUGCACCGCAUCGCUGACGAGACGUACCAGCGUGCCGUCGGGCCGCACAUCGACGUCCUGAAGCGGUACGAGGCGUUCUCGUCCGAAGUGUACGGCGAGCUCAUGCCGACGUUCGUUUCGGACGUCAUCCGUGCGACGGGCCUGCAUGGGGGUUCUCUGUUUCUCGACAUGGGGUCGGGCGUAGGGAAUGUGGUGAUGCAGGCGAGUCUAGAGACGGGGUGCCGGAGCUACGGGAUCGAAAUUAUGCCCGGUCCUGCGCAGAUCGCGCGGAGCCAACUGGAGCAGUUCAAGACGAGAUGUCGGAUGUGGGGGGUGAGGAUGGGCGAGGUCGAGCUGGAGGAGGGGGACAUGUUGAAGAGUGCGAAGGUGGACGAGCUGGUGAAGAGUGCGGACGUAGUACUGGUGAAUAACAAGGUCUUCCUGGAGCCGCAUCAUACAGCUCAAUCCCAGUCCCUAAUCGGGUCCUCUGGGUCCUCCAAACCAUCCAAACCCCCGGCCACCACCAACUCCCUCCAAACACCAGAACCAUUCUCCUGGACACAACAGAGCCCAUCCUUCCACAUUGUGAUAGGACGCAAGCCAACAGGUCCCAUGGACUCAGAGUCUGCCACCUCCUCGCCAAUCCAUGCUGCGCUCUUUGGCCCAUUCCGCUCAUGA